AUGGGUGUACGCGGAAAUAGGAAACAUUUGAAGCGUUUAAAUGCCCCAAAGCAUUGGAUGCUUGAUAAGUUGGGAGGCAACUUUGCCCCACGACCAAGCACCGGUCCUCACAAGCUAAAGGAGUGCCUUCCUCUUGCGAUAUUUCUCCGCAAUCGUCUUAAGUAUGCACUUUCUUAUGAUGAAUGCACUAAGAUCUUGGCACAAGGCCUCGUUCUGGUCGACGGUAAGGUCCGUACAGACAGGAAAUUUCCAGCUGGUUUUAUGGAUGUCAUUUCCAUUCCACGCACUAAGGAACAUUUCCGUCUUAUUUAUGAUACGAAGAAGCGUUUUGCAAUACACCGAAUCCACGCCGAUGAAGCUACCUACAAGCUAUGCAAGAUCCGCAAAGUCUUGGUAGGAGCUGGCAAAGUGCCCUACAUUGUUACUCACGAUGGACGUACCAUUCGAUAUGCCAACCCUGAGAUUAAAGUUAACGAUACCGUUCAGAUCGAUUUAAAAACUGGCAACAUUCUUAACUUUAUCAAAUUCGAACCAGGCAAUGUAUGCAUGGUCACGGGUGGCCAUAACUUGGGUCGUGUCGGUGUCAUUACUGAGUGGGAACGUCAUCCUGGUUCCGUCGAGAUGGUUCACGUUCGUGACAAUACCGGUCAUCAAUUCGUUACCCGCCUGAAUAAUAUCUUCAUUAUUGGCAAGGCUAAUAAGGCAUGGAUUUCGCUCCCCAAAGGCAAGGGUAUUCGACUUUCGGUUCUGGAGGAGAGAGAUCGUCGUCUUCGUGCACGAAGAGUUGGGCAUUAA